GCCUGACAGUAUAUUAAAGGCUCCGAAGGGGAGGAAACAAACAACAGCUCCACGGAGAAACCUCAGGCACAGAAAUCACCAGUGCUGAGGGACGUGUCCUGAGCCACCUCGAUCUUCGCCAUGAGGGCUCCCGUGUUACUGCUCAUCCCUUUGCUGUGCCUGGCCAGAGCGGCUCCGCAAGAUGGCCAAGAGUUGCUGCCCGACGCAACAGCCGAGGACCUGGUCCAGAGCGAAGUGAUCCCGGAGCUGCCCCUGGACUUCGAGCAAAGGCCCAUCCUGGUCCGUGGGACCCCUCUGGCCGGGGCGGCCGUGCUGCAGACCAGAGUCGGAGGCUCCCGCGUCACCAUCUGUGGCGACGGCCCCUCCUGCCGGGCCCAGCCCUGGGGUCACAAGCUGGACGGCUUCCCGCCGGCCCGCCCCAGCGCCAGCAACAUCGACAACAUCUGCCUGGAGGGGAGGAAGAAGGUGUCGUACGGGCCCACGAGCCUGCCCCAGACGGGAUUCUCCCACCUCAAGCGCCAAGGCGACGCCAUCAACCUCCUGGAGGCCGGCCUGGAGCGGUGCUGCCUGCAGGCCGAGCGCCUGGGCUGCGCGGAGAGCGCGUGGAAGGAAGCCCUGGAGCAGUUCUGUGACAACGAGUUCUCGGUGAAGACCAAGCACCACCACUGCUGCAAGCGGGAGGGCACCGACCGGGAGCUCUGCUUCGCCAGCGAGGCCCCGAACCCCAGCUACGACCUUAACGUCGCCAGCUCCGCGCCCCCCAGCGUCAGGCUGUGGCCCGGGCUGCCCGAGAUCUCCUUCCCGCCCGGCGAGCCCACCGCCAGCAACAUCAAGAACAUCUGCAGGCUGCGCAAGUUCCGGCCCGUCUACCUGCCCAGCUCCAUCCCCGCCACGGGCUACGGCUGGCUCCAGCGCCAGGCCCGCGCCGUCACCCGCCUGGAGAACGACUUCAAGAAGUGCUGCAAGAACGAGGACGUCGGCUGUGCUCACGCCGCGUGGGAGAAGGCCCUGGCUCAGUUCUGCAAGCAGGAGCUGUCGGUGAAGACCAAGCCCCACCAGUGCUGCAAGGAGGCUGAAGGCAAGGCCAGGUUCAGCUGUUUCUCUAGCCAGGCCCCAAACCCGGCCUACGACAAGGAGAUCCAGGCUGUCACCCUGGGGGUGGUGACCCCGGCGCUCCUGGACGUGCUGUGCGGGGAAAUCAAGCUCUUCACCAAACAGAAACCAAUCCCAGACUUGAUCCAGAGCAUCACGGAGCCUUGCUGCAGCCUUCAGGGUGAGGAGAGGACUCAGUGUGCAGAGAAAGAGAAAGCCCGUUCCAUCGCCGCCCUGUGCACCACCCAGAAGGACUCCUGGAAGGACAAGGAUCAGUGCUGCUCCCAGGAGGAGGAGGACGACAGAGCCGACUGCUUCAAUGCCAGCUACCUGGCCAGCAUCUUCCUGGCCAGCACGGGCCUGGGGCAGGUCCCCAGCGAGCCGAGUGCGGCCCCCUAAAAGGACAGAAAGACCCAGAACUGUCUCCCUGGCGCGUUCGUGUAUCACUGACCCCCCUUCUCCCCCGCGCUCCCCCCAGCUGUUUCCAGCCCCGAGCUGGGCGGCAGCUGGCCGUUGCUGUCCUGGCCUUCGCUCUCCAAGAACGGGAGCACGGAGGAGAUGCUUGAGGGAUUCCGCCCGCGCUUGGCUCUCUUCUGGAUUGUGUUUUAACGCCGAUCCCCUCCAAUCCCCAUCCCCCGGGGUGGCAGCAACAGAUGAGCCCAGGUUCUUGUGUCCCAUCCCCCCAGCCCUGUAUCCUGCCUGACCCCCCCCCACAAACCGCCCC